AAAUGGAUUAUUAGGAGACCAGAGACUUAGUCCACUUUAUUUCUGCGAAUAAAUAGGGCAGCCAGCUGCUCAGAACUUUUUCGUGCCAAUCGUGGCUACGAGCAAGAAACAGUCGAGUGCAUCAUCUUGAGUCCGUCCAACUAAGUAUGGCAGGGGAAGGUGUCGCCUCGGUACUAGCCGCCACUGCACUGCUCAUUGGUAUAUUGGCGUCUAUCCCAACAGCGGUGCAUUCCAUCGGCGUGUGCUACGGCACCCAUGGCGACGGCCUACCGUCGGCGGCCGACGUGGUGCAGCUCUACCGGUCCAACGGGAUCAACAGGAUGCGCAUCUACUCCCCUGAUGCCACCAUCCUGAAGGCCCUCCGGGGCUCUGGCAUCGACGUCAUCGUCGAUGAAACCGACCUCAACGCCCUCCUCUCCGACGCGUCCGUUUGGGUCCAAGCAAACGUCCUGCCCUACAAAGACGACGUCAAGUUCAAGUACAUCGCCGUCGGCAACGAGGUCGAAGGCAGCGACACACAGAAGAUCCUUCCGGCCAUGCAGAAACUCAACGCCGCGCUCUCAGCGGCCGGCCUCAGCAAUAUCAAGGUGUCCACGGCUGUCAAAAUGAGCGUGCUCGACACGCCAUCCUCGCCGCCGUCCAACGGUGUGUUCGCCGACCCCUCCAUCAUGGGACCCAUCGUCCAGUUCUUGGCGAGCACCGGCUCGCCACUCCUCGCCAACAUCUACCCCUACUUCGCCUACAAGGGUGCAGAUGGUAACAUCGACCUCAACUACGCGCUCUUCAAGCCGAGUCCUCCGACGUCGAACGGACCCGAGUACACCAACCUCUUUGAUGCCAUGACUGACGCCAUGUACACGGCGAUGGAGAAGGUAGGCGGCUCGAACGUGCCCAUCGUCGUGUCGGAGAGCGGGUGGCCGUCGGAUGGUGGCUUUGGGGCGUCGGUGCAGAAUGCGCAGACCUACAACCAGAACCUGAUCCACCAUGUCGGCAAGGGUACGCCCAAGAGGCCCGGGGCGCUGGAGACUUACAUAUUCGCAAUGUUCAACGAGAACAAGAAAACAGGGGACGAGACAGAGAAGCACUUUGGUCUCUUCAACGGCCAGAACAAGUCGCCAGUGUACACUAUUAGAUUCCAGUGAAAGGGAAGAACGGAAAAGGCUUGAAGAGACUAUUAAUAUACAUACACUUUGCUAUGCCUAUCUCUAGUGUAAGAAAGUAUGCAAUUUUUUGGAUGAAUAAGAUUGAUUAGUGUGGCUUGGUAAUUUUUUGGAUGUUCCCCUCUUCCUUCUUUUAUAGGCACAGUGAUGCCAUGUACUCCCUCCAUUUCUUAUAGAAACAUACUUUGAUAUCAAUUA